AUGACGGAUCUCGUGCCACCGCUGAAUGAUACUCAGUACUGCGACUUCUGGACCUCGAUGAUCGAUUUGCAUUUCCAGGUCGAUGUCGUGCCCAAGCCAGGGCGGCCCAGUCGCCAGCAGCAGGUCGCCAAACUCGAUGAGGAGCUAGCACAACUUGAGAAAGCCGUCGUUAUAGCCAAAGAGCAACACCAUAUACCGUCACGGGAAUCCGACCGUUGGGCCUCUUUAGUGGGCGUGCGAUUCGGGGCUGAUCUUGCUCUCCGGCCCGGAGAGUCGCUCGACAUCUAUGAACGACGGAUUGCGAAUGAGCUUGUGUGCCUCGAAAACGCUGUGGCACUGGCGAAGAAGCGGCGCAACAUGCUUUCAACGGCGUCUCGCCUCCCAACCGAUGUAUGGUCGAACAUAUUCCUAGCCGUGAGGGAUAUAUGGCCUCCAUCGUGGCGCCAUCUCCUCCGUGAACCUUCUGUCUUCGAUCCUGGAUACGCGAAACUGCUGUUCAUAUGCAGCACUUGGUAUGAUAUCGCCAUAUCUACUCCGGCGCUCUGGACUCGUGUCCACUAUCAGAUUGCCGACUCGUCAAACGUGGUGCCAACCUUCAUACAACGUUCGGGCACUCUCCCCCUCGACCUUCACUUCAUGGGCUACAACGCCUUUCCUAACAUUUCGGCAUGGAUACAACCCUCUACCCUUCACCGUAUCUCUUCCCUCUCCCUCGAAGAAUCUGAGCGAGACCAGUUGGACGAGCUUGCUCGUCAUCUGGUGCCGAAGAUGGACUGCCUCAAGGAAUUGAACAUCUCUCUGGAGACAUCCGAAGAUCCUCUCCUACCGCCAGAGUUCCUCUGCGAGACUCGGCUUUUGCGGCUCGGUCUGAAUAAUUGUGCGUUGGCCUGGGACCACAGCCUGUUCAACUCGUCCCUUACACAGUUGAAGCUAUCGGGAUACGGUCCCGAUGACCUGCCGCCAGCCGCAUUUCCCUCCUUUGAACAACUCGCAAACGUCCUGGCACGCACAACCUCUUUGCAGCGUCUCGAGCUCGUCGACGUCUUCCCAAUCGGUUCGGACGUAAGGCCGUCUAUUGUGUCGUUGCCGAGCAGCUGUCGCAUGGCAAAGUUUGAGGCCAAAUACUGUCAAAUGGAGUGCUUGCGGUUACUCUCGCAUCUCACCGUGCCGCUGGAGUGCACAAUCGAUGCCGUCGUUUUGGCACGAGAGGACUCUAACUCUGAAGAGGAGUACUCUUUUGCUGCGCCCGGCACGGCCAGCUUCAAUACAGACUGGGACCCAGAGGACUUCGACUCAGGCGAUUCGGACUAUGAUUCUGACGAGGACUUGGCCGACUGGCGAUAUGAUCUCGAGGAUCAUCGGCGCCAGUACGGGCUGUUCGACGAGGAUGAUCCAGACGCUACAGAAGAGGAGUUGGAGUCGAGGUGGCUCGACGACUGGUACAAGCAGCGGCGUGAGCAUCGCCGGAGUAAGUGGCAGCGAAAGCAGGGCGCUAUUAUGGCUCGCUGGCGCAAGUGGAACACGCAACAGGCUAUGGAAGUCGCAGUGAAGCACCUAUAUCGUUCGGGACGUGAGCAGCGGGAUAUAUGCUCUCCACAGGAGCUCGUCGUAUCCCCCGACGGUCUACACUUUCACCAACACGAACUUCCACGAUCCGAGUGGACAACGUUCGCGGGCUAUACAGGCUUUCCGCGGGAAGAGCCUCACUCGCCUGAACACGAUGGAUCAACUUACUUUGGCGUCUCAUCGCAUUAUCAGGACUAUCGUAAACCCAAGGAAGCGCUAUCUUUGAGCCGAUACAUGUUGUUCACGCUGCCGGCCAUGCACGACGUGCGUGCCUUGUCGAUAUCGCGCGAUGCAGCGACCGACAUGAAACAUCUUUGGGACGGUGACUUUGUCAAGUCACUUUCUGCGGUGCGCCGACUUGGAAUCGACGCCGGUGGAGGUGUCGAACUACUUAAGGCCCUCGCGACUGUCGAUGAGCGCAUGCGGGAGAUGAAGCUACUCCCUCUCCUGGAGGUCAUCCAUAUCCACGUGGAGAGUCGUGAUCAACAACAACCCAACUUUCCCGAACGCGAAAUGAAGGCGCUCGUGAACAUCAUCAAGGAGAGACGCCGUAUGAAGAGACCCCUACGUGAGCUGGUGGUGGACCAGUCGAUGGCAUGGCAGAGCAUGUGGGAAAACGUACUGAAGCCUCUGGUUCUUGUGACUUUCUGUGACUUCCGGCGUGUGGCUAUCAAUCGUCACCGUUGA